AUGGUUCUCCAUAACCCAAACAAUUGGCACUGGGUGAACAAGGAUGUGUCGGGGUGGACCAAGCAGUGGUUGGAGGAUAACAUCAAGGGCAUCAAGGCCGAGAAUGAUGGGGUCACCGCUCAGAUAGACAAGUUGAUUAGCAUGGAUGGUGAUGUCGAUGUCAGUCAACGCAAGGGCAAGGUCAUCACCAUCUUCGAUGUAAAGCUGGUCAUCGAAUACUCAGGUAAAACCAAGGAUGAGGACGAUGUCAGCGGCACUAUCACAGUCCCCGAGGUUGCCCAUGACACUGAAGAAGAUGAGUAUGUUUUUGACAUAGACAUCUACUCGGAUGCCAACUCAAAGGCGCCUGUCAAAGACCUCGUCCGGAGCAAAAUCCUCCCACAACUCCGGAAACAAUUUGCACAGCUAGGUCCUGCCUUGAUUGCUGAGCACGGCAAGGACAUCCAGCAUGCACCUGGUACAAAUCCGUCAAGCGGUUUCGCCAAACCCAAGUUUACCCCAACCCCCGCGCCUGCAACAUCCACAACCACAACCACCACUACGCACACGAAGGGAAGCGCUUUGGUCAAUACAACAACCGUCACAGACACCGAAGAAUUCCGUGCCCCCGCUUCCGAGCUCUACCAGACCUUCACCGACCCCCAGCGUAUCGCCGCCUUCACGCGUGCCGCCCCCAAAGUUUGGGAGGGCGCCAAGAAGGGUGGGAAGUUCGAGCUGUUCGGCGGGAAUGUAGCGGGUGAGUAUCUCGAGCUCGUCGAGCCCACCAAGAUCGUGCAGAGCUGGAGAUUGGACCAAUGGCCCAAGGGACAUUACUCCCGCCUUGAGAUCGAGUUCGACCAGAAUGAUGUGGAUAAUGUCACGGUCAUGAGGGUUAGCUGGAGCGGUGUCCCUAUCGGACAAGAGGAAGUCACCAAGAGGAAUUGGGGAGAGUAUUAUGUCCGGAGCAUCAAGCAAACGUUUGGCUUUGGAACCAUUCUAUGA